AUGUCUCAGGGUUGGUAUCAGAACUUUGAUAUGUCUAAGACACCUGCGCAAGAACAGCCAUCACACGAGGAUGGCAAUGUAGACCAACGACCAAGACAAGCUUCCAGAAAAGUUCAAAGGCAAUCGCAAUCUCAUAUACAAACAUCUCAACAACCACAACUACCUUGCAUCAACCAGCCCCAGCUUCUAGAUUCGUUCGCACAGUCACUCGAUUCUCAGGCAAAUUCAUAUUUGUAUACAGGAAACCAAAAUGACCCCAACCAAGUGUCGCAUGUGCCACAAAGUUCAGAGUAUAUGGACUUGCAACCCUCAAAUAGACCCUACUCACCUGCCAGCCUCCUCUAUUUGCAUCCUCCAGUGAGUCGUCAGUUUGUAUCGUCGUCACAAGAAGAUGCAGAGCCCACGAGCUCAAGCGGACAAAGCAGCUCAAAUUGCACAGCAAUAGACCAGCAACACAGAUUUCAAAUAGCAAACUCAAGAAAUGUCUUCAACAGUUCAGAAGGCAUACCGAUGGUACCCGUUCAGGAGGUUCGAAUGGCCCCUCCUGUGUCGGGGCCUGACUCUAGACCUCAGGGGUUUGGUCAAGAUCAGCCGUAUAAUCCUCAACUGUUUGGGUAUUAUCCAGAGGGUCUUCCGACUCAACAGUUUCCCUCGUCAAUCGUCAACCUCGUCAACCCUCCUCCUUUCGAUGAGGUAAUGAAAAACCUACCAAAUCCAGUGGCGUUUGAUGAUUUGGGGUUAGAAGGACAAAAAACGGUCCCUUCUUCCACAAGAACGCACAGUCAAACACCCAGCUUACGAAUUGAAGAAAGAAUCGGUAACCAAUGUCCGCAUUGCAAAAAAAAGUUUAGGAGGCCUUCAUCCUUACAGACCCACAUCUACACACAUACUGGUGAAAAACCGUUCCAAUGCCGUUGGCCUAAUUGUGACCGUCGCUUCUCUGUCAGAAGCAAUAUGGUACGCCACUACCGAUUACAUAAGAAAGUAAACAAGCAAGGUUCUGACGAGAAGGAGCAAUAA